AUUAGAUUCUCUCUUGAAACUUUAUCCAAACAUGGUAGUGAAUAGUGAUAAGUAUAUGUAUAUAGCCGGGGGCCGGGGUUGAUGAUGAGUAAGUUCCAGGUCCACUAGAAAUAAAAGAAAGUGAUAUAGAAUCCGAUUCUAGACAUGUUCCAAAAGCAUAAUAUAAUAUAUGACUAAAAGAGAUUGAACUUGUUUUCCAGUUUCUUCUUAAGUAGUUGCAUUGAGGUUUAUGUAGUCAACAUUAUAAUGGAAAGUACUAAACGACUGGCGAUAGGGAAAUGCAUUGGGUGUGGGAAGCAAGUUCCUAUGUUAGUUCCAUUAGGAGCUCUUAAUUCUGCCACACUGUGUUGUGAUUGCAAAAGCGCUAAUAAUAACAAUCCAAACCGACCACAGUAUUGGGUGAAUAACGCACCAGCCAUUAUAUAUGUAAAUCAUCACCCUAACCAUGCAGCAGUACCAAUAUCUCAUCAAAACUCACUUAUUAGGCCACCGCCACCUCCUUUUUCUCCCUAUGGCAACAAGAGGGCUCUCUUAAUUGGAAUCAGUUAUGCCAAACGCUCUAACAGGAUUAACGGUUCUUUGAACGAUGUCAACUCCAUCAAGUACUUCCUCAUUCACAAUUUGGAUUUCCCUAUUCAUUCCAUUCGCAUGCUCACCGAUGACAGAGAAGAGAAGGAUCCGAUGCGAAUCCCAACAAAACGGAACAUCGUACAGGCGAUGAAGUGGUUGGUGGAAGGUUCCCAGGCAGGGGAUUCACUGGUCUUCUAUUUCUCUGGCCACGGAGCCAGGGAAGUGGACCGUAGCGGCGAUGAGAUCGACGGCUAUGAUGAAGCCAUAUGCCCUCUCGAUUACGACAGAGAGGGAAACAUAAUCGACGACCAGAUCAACGCCACAAUUGUUAGGCCUUUGCCUCAUGGUGCCAAACUCCAUGCCAUCGUUGAUGCAAGCUUUAGCGGCACCGUUCUUGAUCUCCCAUUUAUUUGCACAACCAACCGAAAAGGAAAUUAUGUAUGGACGAAUAAGAAAAGGCGGAGAGGUGGUUACAGAGGCACAAAGGGAGGACUAGCAGUUUGCAUCUCAGCUUGUGGUGACGACGGAAAAGCUGCCGAAACGUCGGCGUUUAGCGGCAUGGAAAGCAGCGGUGUCUUCACCUACAGUUUCAUCAGAGCCAUGCAAGAGGAGCCUCCUCACUUGACUUAUGCUGCCUUGCUCAACGCCAUGCGCUCUACAAUCCGUGAAGCUAGUAAGGGGCAAUUUGGUCUUAUUGGUCGACACAAUGGCAUCGACACUCCCCUGCAAUAUGCUCAUGAGCCACAAUUGUCGUCAUCUGACAAAUUUGACGUUUAUUAUAAGCCGGUUUUAAUGUAGCAGUAAUAUAAGACUCAUAAAAGGGUCGUUAGAUAGCAUACAAGCACAUACUAUUCCAUUGUGGCAGCAACACAUGUAGACAAACCCCUUUAUUUUUAACAAUGAACUCUCUUCGUAUACAUGCUUAUCCCUC